AUGGAGUCGGCCAUCAAGCGCGCAGAGAUCUACGGCAUCGGCAUGGUCACUGUCAACCAUUCCAACCACUUUGGAAUGGGUGCUACCUACGUCCUUCAAGCCCUGGAGAAGGACAUGAUCUCCCUGGUUUUUACCAACUCAGCCAAGCAAAUGCCUCCAUUUGGGGGCAAAGAGACUCUCCUUGGUAUCUCGCCUUUCGCUGCUGGCGCUCCUUCAAAUAACGAGAUCCCCUACAUUCUCGACAUGGCACCAUCAGUUGUUGCCAAGGGUAAGAUCCGCCGCGCAGCCCGUCGUUGCGAGUCCAUCCCUGUUGGGUGGGCACUUGAUGCUGACGGAAACCCUACCACCGAUGCAAACGUGGCUCUGAACGGUAGCAUGGCGCCUAUCGGUGGUCCCAAGGGUUCCGGGAUUGCGAUAUUGAUGGACGUCAUGUCAGGUGUUUUGACUGGUGCUGCUUUUGGCGGCGAGGUCGGAGAUCAGUACAAAGAUCCCAGGCCUCAAAAUGUUGGACAUUGCUUCAUUGCCAUUAAGCCGGACAUCUUCAUGACGACUGAUGAAUUCAGAGCGCGUAUGGACGUUUUGGCCCAGCGUGUUCAUGGCAUGACUCCGGCUCCUGGAUUCAAUGAGGUGCUUUUCCCCGGAGAGCCGGAGCAUCGCCUCUGUGUCCAGCGCCGCAAGGAAGGGAUUCCAUAUGCCGAGGCAGAAAGGGAGAUGUUUGUUGAUGCCGCAAAGCAGUAUGGUGUUGCUGAACUUCCUCUGUCGAAGGUCCCUCUAUCUUUGGAGUCAUAA